AUGAGCCAACCAUGGCUCGACAGUCUUUCCGACGACUGGCCGUCGAUGCCAGCAUCGCCGACAAGUCCUGCACCAGCACAACCGCUGCCCUCGUCUCCAAGGGCCAGUCUGCCGGGCACGCCCAGUCGCAUUCCAGUGCCUGCGCGGCGUUCCGAAAAACAAUCACCGGCGGACAAGAAAAAGGUUACCCGGCCCUGUCACUUCCAUAGAAAAGAGCCUCCGACCCCAAAGACUCCCCGAACCCCCAAAACACGGAAACCGCGAUCACCUGCCCCAGAGAAAUCUACGCCCAUCACACCCAGGACGAAGGAGAGCCCCAGGCGCGCCUCUGGUGCGGUUCGCAAAUCUUCUACGAUGGACCAUCGCUCCCCGCUCCGAUCGGUCUCGAAUGCCUCGAACGCCUCGAAAUCAUCCGAAAUCCAGAGCAACAGCACCGUUCAGAUCAAAACAAAGAAAGGGAAAGACAGGCAAGAGGGCACACCGGAAUGGCGCAGGCGCUUGCUGCGGGGAGAAAUCGAGGCGGGCGAACAACGAGAUUUGUUCGCGCCGAUGGGACUCGAAAGUGUUUUCAAGCCGCCGCCACAGAGUUCAUUAACGCAAGACUCCAUUCCAUUUUCGAAACAGGACGAUCAGCUGUGGGAUUUCACCGAUAACACUUCGCGACAAGGCAGAGACGAGGUGGAUAACCGCGAUCAGCAAUUUGAGCCCGAACCAGCGCGCGUCGGUAGCGAGGACGAAGAAGACAAUCACACUGAAGCAGCGUCAGGGACAGUCAAUCGCGCGCCUUGGGGCGGAGAUGCGACAUACGACGCGACUCAGGACCCUGAAGGGUACUCACAAGGGAAUACACAACCACGGACGGCGAGUGGAUUGGAAGACCUUCGCAACGAAGGCAUCACGCCCAUUACAUUCACGCGAAACAAUACAGUUGACGGCACCAAGACGUCCGAGGUCAUCAAGUCUGCGCUGAAGCAGGUCACAAACAAAUUGGAAAGCCUGUCCAUCGAGAACGACAGCCGUCCAGGCUCUCCAGCAAGCGAUAGCUUCCUCUUCUACAACCACAGUGAGCCUCGUCCCGACGCGUCAUCCCGCGACGACAGUUUGCUUGACGUGACAAGCCACUCUCUCCCCCAGGAUCUGUCGAUGGGAACAGUCGACUUCCACCGACGUGGAACUCGCUCCUUCCCUCGACGAUUCUCUCCAUCGCCCUUUCCUUCACAUCGUCUCUCUCCCGCAACCCUCGCCAACUCCAAAAUCCGCAGUUCUCCUCUUUUCAACCCUUCUCAUAGGACUGAUUCCCCCGCUUUACCACGUCCAUCCUCAUCUCACGUUCGACCAUCAACUGCCGGGGACUCGGAAGGGAGAGAGGGCAAGAUGCCAUCUUCAGGGAGUCCGUUGAAGUUGUUUGGUGACCAUGACACAUUCACGAAUAACAGGCUACUUCGGCGCAUGAGUCAAUUUGAGGAAAGCUUCAGUGAUAAUUCAGAAGAAGAGCCACCGUCGCCCUCCGAGGAAGCGCGAAGGAAGGGCGAAAACCGCAGCUUCUUGACUGCGAGACACGAGCCGUUACGCGAGACUUCGCCGAGACGUAAUGAACGUCACGGAUCUCAAAAUAACGGACAUCGUAUAAGUCAAUUUGGCGGUGGCGAGUUGGACAAGUUUGAUUUCUCGGAUGCUAGCCCCUACGAACACAAACUGGUCUAUGAUGAGGCCGCGGGAUUUGGAUCCCGACCUACAUCACGGAAACGAUCAUCAACCCGAAACUAUCUUCGUGGUUCCUCUGCACAUAGCCUAUAUCAUUACAGCAGAACAGCCAGCUCAGGAUUCACCCGAAAGCCGUCUGCCUGGGUCCGACAAGAUUUCUUUGAUGAUAUACGACCAGCCUCUCGACCUGGUAACAAGGAGAACAUGCCCCCUGAUGUCAAGCGAGUGCCCAAAGCCCCAGGCAUGGACCCAACACCUAAGCGGCGCCGAACGAUUAUGCGAAAGAACAGUGCCGAACCCAAUUACGAGAACGGGGACUCACCCCCCAAGUAUGGUGACAGCAUGUCCCUUUUACAGAGAAGUCUCAUGCAACAGGGCGUACAGCUCGGAAACGGUGACUACCUUGCUCCACCAGGAUUUUCCCAAUCCAUGCAACGCCCGCGCACACCAACUCCAAGCCAGAUACGAACCGCUGCUGAAGUGAGUCUCAUGACGCAUAGAAAGUUCUCCGAGUCAAACUUCGACAACACGGACUAUUCCGACUCAUUCUCCCUCGAUGGCGAUGUUCCACUGGUUAAGAUCACUGGUACCAGUGAUACUUCACGAAAGGGGUCAAUCACCACCCAAGACUAUCUGAAUGAAGCCACUAAGAUCAUGGACUUGAUCCGAUCAAAAGGACGAGGUGCGGCAGGCCUGACCAGUGUCCAAGAGUCCGACGUGGAAAGCGAAGGCGACGAGCUUGAUCUGAGCUACGAAGAUGAAUCCACUCGCGAGGCAUUCUCUCGCCCACCAAGCCGCGAUGGAACGGAUCUUCGCAAAAUCAGGGAACCCAAGGAACUGAAUCCAUUGAUUUUGAGCCAUCUGAAAAAGUACCAGGAGCGAGACGAUCGGAGCUUUGAUGGUGAAAUGUCUCUCCAAGACCGACCGGAAAGUCGGAAUGACCUUGAUUCACCCAACUCGCAGAACAUCCGCAUUCAAGGACCGAGGAAGCGUAAAACCAGUGGCAUGGCUGAUGACACGGCGGAAAAUAUUGCUCAGGACUUGAUGACCAUCAAUACCCAAAUGUCCGGCUUCAGUGUCAGCUCAGUGCCAACAGGCUCUUCACAAAACUCCCAAGUGAAGGGCAUGCUGGCUUCUGAUAUUGUGUCCCACCUCAUUCCGAAUCAAGUCAACGGGUUCAAAUAUGACCGCCGCAUCAAUCAAUGGGUCAAGGAUGGAGUCGAGGAGCCCCGGCCUUCUUCCGAACCCGAGGAAGGCGAGGAUCCGUUCAGAGAUAUUCCGGACUUGAGUGUAGAUGAGCUACAAGAGAUGAUGAGAGUGCAUGGUCUCAGCUCUCCCACAAAGAGCACGACUGGUGACCAAGAAGAAGUCAGAGCCUGCAGUCCUCUGGCCGCACGCAGGUCUCCCACCAAGACAGAUGUUAGGCCGCACACGAGGGAUGGUGGCCCUUCUCUCAACGGAACUUCGAUUCUCUCCAGACAGACUCGAUUCACGUCAAGUGUUCCCAACACUGGCACUAGAGCGACAUCAUGGGAGACACAGGAGAUAGAGAGACGAAACCAACCUGGACUAAAGAGUUCAGAGAACCAGCGCCACGAGUCUGUGUCUUCGAAGGCGUCCCGCUCUCAGGGAAAACAAGCACGUGUUGCUACUGUCAAUCUAUCAUCGGCUGCUGCACAAGCCGCUUCCGAAGGGGAAAACAGUAACACGGAGCGUGAUCCAGCCUCUCAGGAUCACGUCUACCAAGGAAUUCCCCCACCCGAAGAGCCAGCUCAAUCAGAUCAUGAAACUGGCUCGGUCCGAUCUUCUGUUCCUCCAACUGGACGCCAAACUUCUGUUGCCGGACAGCCUUUCAUUCGUCGUCCCAUUUCAAGAAUUGAGGAGAGGAACGAGGACACCGUCGAUGAAAAGAGUCUCAUCCGCAGGAACGAAUCACUUUCCGUUGAUGAUACACCGGCUCGCAAUGGGGCAGAACAGUCUUUGAUGCCAAUCCAGAGCGCUGGCCCUGACACAAGUUACAGCUUCCACCUCAGUCCUCUUGCAGACUUUUCAGUUAACCAGGGUGACCGAGCUCUAAACCUUGAGAUGAGCUAUGUGGCUCAACGGACAAACCCAUCUUCUCUGCGUCAAGUACACGGCACAUUUGCAUUGGCGACCGGAGAUUUGAUCAAACAUAUCACUGAUGUCGAGCCCUAUGAGCCUUACUGGGAGCAUGUGCGUCGCCUGGUUCUACGCCAGAAGGGGUUGAUCACGCUGCAUAAGCUCAAUGAGUUCUGCCCACGGUUGGAGGAAUUGGAUGUUUCCGACAACGACAUUGGCCAAUUGAGUGGGAUCCCAUCCUCAUUGCGAACGCUCAAAAUCCCACGAAACUGCCUCUCUAACCUCACUCCCUGGAGCCAUUUGGUUAAUCUGCAAUACCUUGAUGUCUCAGGAAACGACAUCGAGACUUUGGAUGGCUUCUCAAGCUUGAUCCAUCUCCGAGAGCUGAAGGCGAAUGACAAUCAAAUCCGCAAUAUUGAUGGGAUUCUAGACCUCAAUGGCUUGCUGAGUUUGAAACUGAGCAACAACUCUGUGACCGCGGUGGAUUUUGAAGGGUCUGAGCUGACACGUCUUCGGGAUCUUGACCUAAGUCACAACUGUUUAACUUCCGUUCGCAAUGUUGACUGGCUCCCGUCACUUGCCACUCUUGAUCUCAGUGCCAACCAGAUCACUAGUCUUGAAUCUCCAGCAUCGCUCAUCAGCUUGCGCGCUCUUAAGCUGUCGGACAAUUAUCUCGAGUCUUUGGAUGUACGGGCAUUUUCAUCCGUGAGCCUUCUCUACCUUGACCAAAAUCAUCUCUCGACCGUCACCGGCCUGGAAAACUGCCACAAUCUAGAGGUUCUGUCUCUACGGGAGCAAACACCCAGAGAAAAGGAUCCCAGUUUCACGAUAGACCUUGAUCUGGGGCUCAUCAAGGAUAUCCGCAAAGUCUUCUUGUCCUCCAACAAACUUUCAUCCGAAACACUCUCCCCAUCUGCUCCUCUCUUACGCCUCCAGCUUCUUGAUUUGGCUGCGUGUACAUUGAAGAGCAUCCCAAGUGACUUUGCGAUGAGCUUUCCUAACCUGAAAGUUCUCAACUUGAACUUCAACUCUGUCGAUGACGUCGAACCCCUGGUGGGCAUGAAUUGUCUCGCCAGAUUGAUGAUAGUUGGCAAUCGUCUCGCGCGGAUGAGAAGGGUCUCUCAAAUCCUCAGUCGAUUAGGACGAACUGGAAAUGGAACUGCGUGUUCCUUGCGCAAGCUUGAUAUCCGUGGAAACCCUUUGACUAUUGGCUUUUACCCUCCAGCAGUAACUGGAAAUGGCACGAACGCGGAUAGGAAGAAGUUGAAGUCGAACGAACAUGCAAUUGUUCGUCAUCAACAAAACCACCGAGAUCUUUCCGAUGCUCUCGCAGAGCACGGAAAUGAUGACCAGAUAUCUCACUGUGCAACAAUGGGAGACAAGGCAAAACCCGACAUGGACAUCGAAAUCAACGACCCCUUCACAGUCCCACUCGCAGACCCUCUCGCCGACGGGAAAUAUCUGACUCAUCUCGACCAAGCCACACGUCUGCGUCGGAGAGUCCUUGAACUCCUCCUGUACGCAGGCACAAGCGGUUCGCUCCAUACCCUGGAUGGUCUGGAGCUCCGACCAUCGCUGGGCGAUGAGGCUUCCGAUAUGCACCAAGCGUGGGAUAGACUGGAGCAUCUUGGCGUGCUGAAGAGGAAGGCGAUAAAAAAUUAA